AUGAGGACUGCGGUCCUGUGGAGCUUGCUGGCCCUGCUGUGUCAGCACACACUGGUUAGCAGCCACGUUCUGGGAAGGCCCUCUUCCACCAGGGAGCUGGCUCAGAUCAAGUCUUUACUGGAACGCUUUGAGGACGCUCUGGCUGAUGUGGACCAGGAGGAGGACCCUCAAGCUGAUUACGAAGGGACAAACCAGCAGUCUGAGAACAGCCAGGCCAGCAGGGGAUGGAACCUGGACCAGGGGGGGGACCAAGAACCCUUAAUAUCAGAAAAAGCGCUAUUAUCAGCCGAGGGUCCCAGCGCAGCCCAGAGUCAGAGGAGGCGUCUGCAGGACCUGCUCCUGACUGCCAGGAAAAGGGCCUCCGGGUGCUUUGGAGCCAGGAUGGACCGGAUAGGAAAUGCUAGCGGUCUGGGAUGCAACAAUGGCAGAGGGUAG